UAAAGUUCCCCGUCUAGGCUUUGGCGAAAUGGUUCGGCAGACCUAUAACGUACAAGAGAAAACCGUUGAAUGGAAGCCAAGGCUGCAGGACCCACUUGCAUUCAACUUGUACAAGUGGGUACACCUCAUUGGCUCCUCCACCUACAACCCGGACGCCACGUCGGUUCCCGCGUUACUCCUCUAUAAUAGUUAUUUUUCUAACACAAGACCACCGGCAACGGCAUAUUUUCCUUCGCCGCGACCCGCCUAAUUUUCUCCAAAUUCCCCGACAAACAUCGUCCAAAUCUCGGGGAGGGAUGACGAUGCUAGUUUCCGCCGACCGCAAGUAUCGGCGGAGCCCUAAAAAGCUCUUACUCCCUGAGAAAUACGACCACCAGGAGCCGGUUGAGGCAGGGUUAGAUGGCGCAUCGUUCUCCGGAGCCGUCUUUAACCUAUCGAGCACCAUUGUCGGCGCCGGAAUCAUGGCUCUUCCAGCUGUCGUGAAACAAUUAGGUCUAAUUCCAGGGUUGAUCUUGAUCAUGCUCGGAUCGACGUUGACAGAGUUGUCAAUUGACUUCAUCCUGAAAUUCUCUCGGGCGUCCAAAUCCGUUACGUACGCCGGUGCCGUCGGGGAAUCUUUUGGCAACGCCGGACGUACCCUCCUGCAGGUUUGCAUCGUGGUCAAUAAUUUGGGUAUGCUCGUCGUCUACAUGAUCAUCAUUGGUGAUGUGUUGUCAGGAACAUCGGCUAAUAACAUCCAUCAUAAGGGUGUAAUGGAAGAAUGGUUUGGUCAACAUUGGUGGACCAGCCGUUUAUCCUUGAUGCUGCUUACGACACUUUUCAUUUUUGCGCCUCUAAUAUCCUUCAAGCGCGUAGAUUCCUUGAGAUACACAUCAGCUUUGUCAGUUGCCUUGGCCAUUGUCUUCGUGGCAAUCACUGCUGGAGUAGCAAUUGCGAAACUGAUGGAUGGAAGUAUUGUAAUGCCACGUCUGAUGCCCAAAGUUGUUGAUCAGGCAUCAUUUUGGCAACUUUUUACUACUGUUCCAGUUCUAGUCACUGCCUAUAUCUGUCACCAUAAUGUUCACCCUAUUGAGAAUGAGCUAAAAGAUCCUACACAGAUGAAGUCAAUAGUUCGAACAUCUCUAACGAUAUGCUCGACAGUGUAUAUUGCGACAAGCUUUUUUGGAUUUCUCCUGUUUGGAGACCAAACUUUGGAUGAUGUUCUUGCUAAUUUUGAUGGAGAUCUUGGACUUCCAUUCAGCUCAUUGCUAGAUGAUGUUGUAAGAGUGAGCUAUGGCAUCCACCUGAUGCUUGUAUUUCCCAUUGUUUUUUUCUCCCUUCGCCUCAAUGUUGAUGGUCUACUCUUUCCCUAUGCCAUACCUAUUACUUUUGACAACCGGCGGUUCUUCUUAAUAACUAUAGCUCUCAUGAGUUUCAUCUUUAUUGGAGCUAACUUUGUUCCCAGCAUCUGGGAUGCCUUUCAGCUCACUGGAGCCACAGCUGCCAUCUCUGUUGGAUUCAUUUUCCCCGCUGCUCUCAUCCUCAGGGAUACUUGUGGAAUUGCAUCAAAGAAAGACAGACUGAUAGCAUGGAUAAUGUUCCUAUUAGCUGUUUUCUCAAGUAUCGUCGCAAUAUCAUGUGAUAUCUACAGUUCUUACGUGAUGGAGAAACACACUUGAUAUAGAAGAAAAAGAAGGAGAAGAUGACGUUAUUCUCAAUACGAACUAUACUGCUAAACGGUCUUGGCUAGAUGUCAUUAUCAGAGCUGCAAAGAAAAGCCAUUUUUUAGAUUUUUUUUCCCAUCAAAAGCCAGUUUGGCUGGGGCCUUGUUUGUAACAACCAUAUAAACAAAGUGUUGAUUGAUAUAUUGUAGGAACACUUGGUAAUUAAAACCACAAGGUGCCGUUGUCUGAGAAAAAUCUUCAUUAGGCCUCACUCUCAUGGCCGUUGGUUGGCCCAAGAUGCACAAAUGCUACUGUCAAGUCCCCUUGAGCACUAAAUUUUCUGGGUCCGGUUGGUGGCAGGUUUUUGUUUUUGGCAUGUUCUUUUGUUUGAUUAAAAGAAAAAAUCUUAAAGGAUGAAAUUGAUUCAAGCAACUUACUAGGAACCACCUUCAAAUAUUUUAUUCAAUAAAAAACACUUAUGCUCGUUGUGUUCUUCCA